ACCACCACACAGCACACUACUGCGAAGUGAACAAGACGAUUGAGAGACGUGCUCAGCAUUCAACUGGUUGUGUAUGUUAAAAAUGGUGAUGCUUCUAUCCCAAGUUACUUUUGUUAUCAUGGUGUCUCUCGUUCUCUGGUCUGGUGGCAGGGCCCGUCGUGGUGGUAGACGGGGUCACCAUUAUUCGAGUAGAAGCAGAUAUAGACCUGGAUCCUUCGGUGUCUGGCACCCUUCGGGACAAUGUGAUGUCUCACAGCAGAGUUACGAGGUGUACGAUCACACAUUCGUGUUUAUUAUGGACGGAAAACAUACAGGAGAAGAAUUGGACCCUGUCAGAUUCCUGAACCACCACCGUUGCGCUGGGAGACUCACCAACGAAAGCAUUAUAGAAGAAGGGAAAAAAGCUGUCCAGUUCUUUGAAGAAGGGUACGGCCUCGAUCUGUCUAACGUCACGGAUUCGGAUUUUAUUAAUGGACAAGUCCCAGUUGAGGGUGGAAGACUGAUCUUUAAACCGUUCAUCGUUGACCUUAGUGACAAUUACAGGCUAAUCUCAGAAACGGACCGUUAUUCCGGCAAAUUGCACAAAGAUGUCCCAGUGUCUGAUGCAGGGUGGAUGCUGUCGGUGGAAGAACCUUUGGAUGUGAACGGAACUCUGUUUACCGGACGCCUGGGAUUGCCAGAUACGUUUAUUUUUUAUGCUGACUAUAUCUUUCAGGCCCAUUUUAGAAAAACCAUUAUUCACUACGAGUCUCGGUACCCUAGUGUGGACAUAGGGGGGCGGUUCCAGUUCUUCGAGGCAGCCCUGUUCAGUGACGAGUACGGGGAAGGGUACACCACUAGCAUCUUUGAAGUAGAGCCCGUUACACGUAACAAGCAAGGAAGAGAAGUGCUGACGUUUCCUAAACGGAAAACAAACUAGCCGUCUUGAGUCAGUCUCCGAGUAUGACAGAUGAUAGAUAUGAAUUGAACUGAAUUUCGGAUUCACCUCUCGUUUGCAGUUUUUGAACUGUCAAAAAGUUAGUACUUUAAGUAAUUUUGUCUAAUGAAAAUUCUAAAUGUCACAUGAAGUCAUUUAAAGUGAUAGCGAAUAACCGACAGACAGAAGCUUGGGCCCUUUUCUGGCCAAGAAUUGAUAUAAAAGUGGUUCCGCCCGGGAUC